AUGGCGUUCACUGUGACUGUCGAGCCACGCUCGACGAAGCCGUCGAAGCGCUUCCCUCUCACCGUUCAGCUCGACCAGGACCCCGCGACUGUCGGAGCGCUCAAGUCGGCCAUCGCUAGCAAGGUCAAGCUCGACGUGCACCGCCAGCGCAUCACGACUCCCGACAGGAAGUUGCUUGACGACGAUGCGAAGCCUCUCGGCGAGUUUGGCGUCAAGAGCGGCGACACGCUGGAGAUCAAGGACCUCGGACCUCAGAUUGCUUGGAAGACUGUCUUCCUGACCGAAUACUUCGGCCCGCUCUUCAUUCACCCUGCCUUCUACUUCGGCAGCAAGCUCUUCUACGGCAAGACCUUUGAGCACUCGCGCAUGCAGAAGGUCGCGCUCGUCUUGAUUCUCGCUCACUACGCCAAGCGUGAACUCGAGACUCUCUUCGUUCACCGCUUCUCGUCCGCGACGAUGCCCUGGUUCAACAUCGUUAAGAACUCCGGUCACUACUGGGGUCUCUCCGGCAUCCUCCUCGCCGCGCCGCUCUACGGACCUUGGAACGGCGCUGCCCGCCUCAUCGGCACCUCGCGCGACUCGGACUCGUGGAUCUACGGCUGGGCUGCUCUCUGGGCCUACGCCGAGCUCUCCAACCUGAUCACCCACCUCAACCUCGCCUCCCUCCGUCCCAAGGGCACCAAAGUCCGCCAGAUCCCGAAGGGCUACGGCUUCAACACCAUCUCGUGCGGCAACUACUUCUUCGAGACGAUCGCGUGGUGCGCCUUUACGGGCUUGACGCUCAACUGGGCCUCCGCCCUCUUCACCGCCGUCGCCGUCGCUCAGAUGUACGUCUGGGCCGUCAAGAAGCACCGCCGCUACCGCAAGGAGUUUGGCUCGGCGUACCCGAAGAACCGCAAGGCCAUGUUCCCCUUCAUCGCUUGA